CACGCGUAACUGUAAUUUAACAGAGUUUCAAAACUUUUCGAACUCGUUUACUGGCUCAUUUAACUCAUGGCCUACGCUACUAAUUCCGCCGCGGCUCCCGUCGCGAAGAAGAAAAGUGCUGGCGCGAAGAAGCCGAAAUCGGCUUCUUCACAUCCACCAUUUCUCGAAAUGAUUUCGGAUGCGAUCGUUACGUUGAAAGAGAAGACAGGAUCGAGCCAAUAUGCGAUCACGAAAUUCAUCGAAGAGAAGCAUAAGCAAUUGCCCUCGAACUUUCGGAAGCUUCUGCUUGUUCAGAUGAAGAAGUUUGUUGCUUCUGGAAAGCUCGUCAAGGUCAAGGCCUCCUACAAGCUCCCUCCGGCCUCCGCCGCAGCUAAGAAGCCAGCCGCCGCGAAGCCUAAAGCUACUUCCUCGACUGCUGCAAAACCGAAGCCGAGGACAGCUAAAGCCACGACGAAACCGAAAGCGAAAACAAAAGUUGCGACGCCUGUGAAGCCUAAGGCGAAAACCACGGUGAAGCCGAAAGCUACUCCCAAGGCUAAAGCUAAACCGGCAGCCAAGCCAGCAAAGGCCGCGAAGACGGCUAAGAAGAGUUCUCCAGGGAAGAAAGUAAAGGCUCCGGCGAAGAAGAAGGCGGCGGUGGCAAAAAAGCCUAGGAGUGUGAAAUCGCCGGCUAAGAAAGCCACGCCAAAGAAGACGAAGAAGUGAGGAACACAAAAAAGAAAUGUCCGUCGGAGGUUCAUUUUGCAGAGGAGGUAGACGCUGUAAAUUUGAUGGUGAAAAAGGGUUAACUCGGGGAACUUUAGAAUGAUAGAUGUGAUUGUUAAUUGUAAAACAGCUUAUCGGUAUUUUUUUUUAGGUUUUUUCCUUUCUUUUUCUUAGUAAUUCAUAAUUAGGUUGUAAUUUGAGCUUUGGUAAUUGAAUGAAAAAUUAUCUGUUGAGUA